AUGUCUGCUGCCCACGGUCGUCUUCAGGGCAAGAAUGCCAUCAUUACCGGUGCGGCUGGUGGCAUCGGUCUCGAAACCACCAUCCUCUUCGCCCGCGAAGGCGCCAACGUUCUCAUGGCUGAUAUCUCAGAGCCUGCCCUUGCGAAGGCGAUUGCGAAGGUGAAAGAGGUCGUUCCAAACGCUCCACGCCUAGAGACCAUUCGUUGCGACGUUUCCAAAGAGGCCGACGUGCAGGCCAUGAUCGAGUCUCAGGAUAGCUGGGGCGGCACCGAUGUGAUCUUCAACAACGCGGGCAUCAUGCAUGCCGACGAUGCAGAUGCCGUUGACACACCCGAGAAGAUCUGGGACCUGACCCAGAGCAUCAACGUCAAGGGUGUUUGGUUCGGUUGCAAGCACGCCGUGCUCAGCAUGCGGCGUAACAAGAAGGCCCGUGGUAGCAUCAUCAACACUGCCAGCUUUGUUGCGCUGAUGGGUGCGGCUACUCCUCAGCUGGCAUACACUGCCAGCAAGGGCGCUGUGCUGGCCAUGACCCGCGAAUUGGCUGUUGUGCACGCUCGCGAGGGUUUCCGUUUCAACUCCCUGUGCCCUGGUCCCCUCAACACUCCUCUUCUCCAGGACUGGCUUGGUGACGACCAGGCCAAGCGCUUUCGCCGUGAGGUCCACUUCCCCAGCGGUCGUUUCGGCGAGGCGAUCGAGCAGGCCCACGCUGUGGUUUUCCUGGCCAGUGACGAGAGCAGUUUUGUCAACGGCACUGAUUUUGUAGUGGAUGGUGGCCUCAGCAAGGCAUAUGUCACUCCGGAGGGCCCCGCGCCGGCUGCGCCUCAGAACCUCGGGCACUAA